GUCACCAUGCCGCGAGCAGGCCUAGUGUGGACGUCCAUGGUCCUAGUGCUGGGAGUCAUGGGGGAGAGUAACCACAUCCCCGGCAGUUCCAGAAGCAUCUCCUCAGGAGACGAACUGGUAGCAACCGUCAUCGACUCCUGCUUCGACGGCGACGACUCUGUCACAACAUGCAUAAAGAAGAACGCCCUCAGCUAUCUAGAUCACCUGACAGGACCAACGAGAGACUCCAGAACCUUUGAUGAGGAGAAGCACUUGGAGUCCGAGGAGGGCUUGGACGACUUGAUUCUUGACAGGACAAGGAGGUUCUUGAACACGCAUCAGUUCAAGGUCCAACUCCCAGAGUUCCUGUUCCAAGAGGCAGUCCUCACCUUCCAGCCGUCCAAGGGUCUGGACUUUGAUGUGAGCUUCCCACCCACCGUUGAUGGCGAGGGAAGAGCCUACUCGGAAGGUAACUCUACUCGAGACAUGAUGAAGCAGAAGAUGUUGCUGCCGCUGCUGCUGCUGUUGAAGUUGAAGCUCAAGGCGCUGACGCCCCUACUGGUGGCCAUCGUUGGUAUGAAGGCACUGAAGGCUCUCAUACUCAGCAAGAUCAGCAUUCUGCUGGUCAUUGGGUUUCUGGCGUCUCAGCUGCUGAAGAAGGCCGGCAUGAAGGACAUGAUGCCGUCCAUGAUGAUGGAGCCGACGCCAUACGGGCCACCAGCGCCACCAGCGCCCCCCAUGACGGGGUACGGUGCCCCAGCGGCUCCGGCGCCACCUGUCACCAUGUCCUCCUAUGAGCCCAGCUGGGAGCCUAGUCCUGGUGGACCUUACAAGCGUACCUGGGAGCCCCAGCAGGUGGUGUACAACGCCUACCAACCGUCCACACAGAACUCCGCCGCCCCUGUCUAGUCGAAUAAAAUGGAUGAGCUCUACUACCGUGUUGCAGUUUCUUCUCUUGCUCAAACAACUCUGUUUUGACACCCUUUCAACGAAAACAAGUCUUUUCAAUAAUUCAUCUAAAAAUGUUUCAAUAUCCUUUGAAGCUAUAUUUUCUCUAUAUUUAUGAUUUUUACACGUCUACAACCAAAGAACACUCAAGACUGAACUAUGGCCUAAUAAAUUGGGUCCAAUUGCAAUAAAACUUCAACAAAAAACUAUUGUGUAUACCAACUCUAUUUAUUAAAACUAUUUAUUUAUACAUGCUUA